UAUAUGCACAGUUUUCUAUGUGAUAUCUCAGAUGGUUUUUAGUGAGUAAGGUUCUUAGAGUCUUGAAAGACCAAGAGGAUUUACACUUAAUACGCGGCCAGCCAUUUCAGUUGUACUGAAAGGCAGCCAUGCAUUUCUUGGGGUCCGCUGUCCUUUUCUCCCUAGUGUUGCAGACAAUGUCUUCAGGACUAGAGGAUUGGCAGACGGCCAAAUCCAUUUAUGAGUUCACAGCCAUGGAUAUCGAUGGCAAUGAAGUUUCCCUGGAAAAAUAUAGGGGAAAAGUUGUCAUCAUCACCAACGUUGCCUCAAAAUGAGGCAGAACUCCAGUAAACUACUCUCAGUUUGCAGAAAUGCACGCCAAGUACGCUGAGAAAGGUUUACGCAUCCUGGCCUUCCCAUCAAACCAGUUUGGCCGUCAGGAACCAGGAUCCAAUUCCCAAAUCAAGGAAUUUGCCAAGUCUUACAAUGCACAGUUUGAUAUGUUCAGUAAGAUUAAUGUUAAUGGGGAUACGGCCCACCCUCUAUGGAAGUGGCUGAAGGAACAACCCAAUGGCAGAGGAUUCCUUGGAAAUGGCAUCAAGUGGAAUUUCACAAAGUUCCUCAUUGAUCGUCAGGGCCAGGUUGUGAAGAGAUAUUCCCCAUUGCAGGAUCCAAGUGUGGUGGAGAAGGAUCUUUCCAAAUAUCUCUAAACAGCAUCUUUAUGUGACUGUUAAAUUACCCCAUGCUGCCCCUCCACCCCUCUUCAUUCUCUUCUAAUGACAGCUGGGUAUCAGUGAUGUCAUCUCAUGGACUAAUGAUGGUUUGUUUUGAAAACCUCUUUGAGGAAAAAAACAGACCUGAUGCAUUUGGCGUGCAACCCCUCCUGGGAGCAUUAUCAGUGCCCAGCCAUCAGUCUGGAGAGAUACCCCUGCCCCUGGAACUGCCCCUGUGCUUUUACAUAAAAAUAUGUACAUUUAUUUAGAACAAAAUGUGUAGUCAUAGUGUAACAUUUAUAAUAAACUCAGAGACUCAAUCUCA